AUGGCUUGGCCGGAGCGUCUUCGGAGAGGCACGCUGGUCUCGCGGUUCAGCCAUCAUCACCUGGCUGUGUUCCUGCUCACCUUCUUCAGUUACUCACUGCUCCAUGCUUCAAGGAAAACAUUUAGCAACGUCAAAGUCAGCAUCUCGAAGCAGUGGACGCCGACCGCCUUCAACCAGUCUGCCGAGCUGCCUGUGGAGAUCUGGAAUGCCAACCAUCUGUUCCCCAGUGCCGAGGAGGCCACGCUCUUCCUGGGGACGCUGGACACAGUUUUCCUCUUCUCUUAUGCUGUGGGCCUUUUCAUCAGCGGCAUCGUCGGGGACCGCCUCAAUCUGCGAUGGGUCCUGUCUUUUGGCAUGUGUUCAUCUGCGUUAGUGGUCUUUGUCUUUGGCACUGUCACGGAAUGGCUGCAUUUCUACAACAAGUGGUUCUACUGCUCCCUGUGGGUCGUCAAUGGCCUGCUGCAGUCCACCGGCUGGCCCUGUGUCGUCGCGGUCAUGGGCAACUGGUUUGGGAAAGCGGGGCGAGGCGUUAUUUUUGGUCUCUGGAGCGCCUGUGCAUCUGUGGGCAACAUUCUGGGGGCAUGCCUGGCCUCCUCCGUCCUGCAGUAUGGCUAUGAGUAUGCCUUCCUGGUGACGGCUUCGGUGCAGUUUGCCGGGGGAAUUGUCAUCUUCUUUGGGCUCCUGGUGUCACCAGAGGAAAUCGGUCUCCCAGGUGUUGAGGGAGAGGAGAGUGCUGAAGAAGACUCACACCGGCCGUUAAUGAACGGUGCUGAAAAUGAGGAUGACUGCGAACCCAGUUACUCCGUGCAGGAGGGCAGUGCUGCCGUGGCCCAGGUCAAAGCCAUCAGCUUCGCUCAGGCGUGCUGCCUCCCCGGGGUCGUCCCGUAUUCCCUGGCCUACGCCUGCCUGAAGCUGGUGAAUUACUCCUUCUUCUUCUGGCUGCCCUUUUAUCUGAGUAAGAACUUCGGGUGGAAGGAGGCGGAAGCUGACCGGCUGUCCAUCUGGUACGAUGUGGGAGGAAUCAUAGGUGGCACUCUGCAGGGCUUUGUCUCCGACCUGCUGCAGGAGAGGGCCCCGGUCCUAGCUCUGAGCCUGCUGCUGGCCACCGGCGCCCUGGUGGGGUACAGCCGCUCUCCUGACAACAAGUCCAUUAAUGCUCUUCUGAUGACAGUCACAGGGUUUUUUAUUGGCGGACCAUCUAACAUGAUUAGCUCUGCAAUUUCUGCUGAUUUGGGGCGCCAGGAACUGGUUCGAGGGAGCAGUGAGGCAUUGGCCACAGUCACCGGCAUUGUUGACGGAACCGGGAGCAUCGGAGCUGCAGCGGGCCAGUAUCUGGUGUCUUUGAUCCAGGAUAAACUUGGAUGGAUGUGGGUUUUCUAUUUUUUCAUUCUCAUGACAAGCUGUACGAUCGUGUUUAUCUCACCGCUGGUCAUAAGGGAGAUAGGCCGGCUUGUGGAGAGGAGGCAGGCUCGCGUGCUGAGCGAAUGA